UUGACUCUCCAAAACCGCAAAGAAACUCUGUUCUACUCGCACCGACUUCAGUUCUCUUUGGCUGGUUUAGCAACGAAAGCGAAGCUGCACAAGAGUGCACGAUAGCGAAGAUAUACAAGGGUGGGAGAGAGAGCGAAGAGAGCGCAGCACUACAAUCAGGUGGUUUGGAGUUUGGAGAGCUGAUUCACAUCGAGGAGAAUCCCGAUAGAAAGCAGAGAGAGUGUGUGUCCCGUUCCAUCGUUAUAAUCGAGUUUUCGCGCAUUUAACCACAAAAAUCACUUAGCAGCCGGUUAAUUUUUUACCCCGUGGCCCGCUUGUAUUAAUGACAAAACAACAAAAAUGUACCUGUCGAGGCUGACUCUGUGCGUGGUUUUUAUUUUGCUCGCCUCGCUCGAAUCUAAAGCUAAUCUAAAUGACGACAUACCCUUAACCAAACUCGGCUCCAAAUCGGGGCCGACGCUUAGAUUUUUUUACUGUUAUUCUUGUGGGUACAGGAAAGUUUUUGAAGAUUACGUUAACAUUUUGAGACAGAAAUAUCCAGAAUUGCAGAUCGAUGGAGAGAACUUUAAUCCUCCAGGAAUAAAUAUGAGCCUUGCUAAGUUUUUGGGUGGACUCAAGAUUCUAGUCAUACUUUUAAUAUUUAGUAAGAUAAAUAUAUUCCAGUGGAUUGGGCAGCCCAUGCCAUUUUGGUGGCAAUGGUGCAUAACAAAUCGUCUAUACUCUUGUGUUAUAUUGUUCUUUGCAUGUAAUGCAGCUGAAGGCUAUUUGAUUUCCUCUGGAGCAUUUGAAAUACAUUUUAAUGAUGUUCCUAUUUGGUCAAAACUGGAAACUGGAAGAAUACCUCAGCCUCCAGAGCUAUUUCAAAUUAUUGAUUCACAAUUACAAAUGCAAUUCCCUGACAUGGAAAUGGGAAAUUUAGGUCGUAAUUAGUAGUGAGCAUUUGUUCUUUUUUUUAUGCAUUUGAGCAAAUUGUUUUAUUCUUUAUUAUACCUAAGUAACAGUGGCAUUUGUAAAAUAAUUCUGCAUAUAACUAUUGCAACUAAAUAUAAUUAAUCUUAAAGUUUUUUCAAAAACAAAUUAAAUCAAAGUUUUAUCUACGUGUUUGUAUUAUAUCGGUCAUUUGCACUGAUCAGUGAAAAGGAUGGCGUCAAAUUCAAUGUUUUUUAUAUGUCUUAUAACUGUAGAAUAUGUAAGAUUACGAAGAAUGAAUUUCACGUGUUUGUGUAAAUAAAAUACAAUGCACCAAAGAAUUCAUAAUACACCAGAACAACAAAAACAACAAAAGACGAUUUAUAAUACUGUUGUUUUUCCACUUAUAAGUACUAUUUGAAUACAAGAAAUAAAAGUGUUUUAU